ACGCAUUGUUGAAAUUUAUAAAAUCAUCUUAAAUAUAUCACUUGUAAUAAGGAAUUGCUCUGCUUUAAUGAGAAAGCAAAUAAUGAAGAUUUUGGUAUUUCUGAUAAUGUGUUUGUGCUUCAAAUACAUCGCUACAAUCCGUGUAUAUAAUGGCGGAUAUGAGGAUCUGUAUAUUGUAAUACAAGACAACAACGAGGACAGUGAAUUUCUUCUAAAGCGUAUACAGAAAAUUUUUACAGACUCGUCUAAACUACUGUUUACAGCCACCAAAAGUCAUCUGUAUUUCGGAAAAAUCAAAGUUAUUGUACCAAAGACAUGGCAGCAUAAGGAAAAGUACAAAAAGGCUCUGAUACCUUCACACAUUGAACAGAAAAUAAUUAUUGACAACGCUAAACAAGACGAAAACGGCACACCAAGGGUAUAUGGGAUAACAUCUUGUGGCACUGGAGGUUCAUAUAUGUACCUUCAUUCAGAAAAAUUUAUUUUGAAAACAGGGCAAACAUCUUGGGGUUUGCAUGAUAACGUGAUUGUUCACGAGUUUGGUCAUCUACGGUAUGGCUUAUAUGAUGAGUAUCCAAUUUCACAUGAUAAUUCCCAAUUUUACCAGUACGAAGGGGAGUGGAAACCAACAAGAUGCACAGAGGACAUGCAGGGAGAAAUUGGAAUUGGCAGCGAUUGCACGAAAAGUGUUGCAUGUGAUUAUAAAAAUACUGGAAAGAAAUUGAAUAAUAAUUGCAACUUUUGUCCCCACCAAAAUCAAGAUUUAGAGGCUUCUUUGAUGGGUUAUCAAUGGAUAGAUGCCUUAUCCAAGUUCUGCGAAAGGAGUGAUCCAACAACAUUAAAGCAUGUGAGGCACAACCGUUUUGGAAAAAGUAAACACAACAAACUAUGUCGUUCCGAGAGUACUUGGGAAAUAAUGAGCAAUCAUCGGGACUUUUCAGUCAGCUAUCUUCUUGGUAUCAUAGCUUUCAGUAACACAGCCACAGUUGUACAACAACUGACAAAUGUAACAUCCGAUUCCGUACGAGAUCAGCUGAUUAAUAGUCUGCCUACUGUGGCUUAUGGAGGUACAUGUAUUGGUUGUGGCAUUGAACGUGCCAUUGAGCUAGCAUCAGAGAGAAUACACAGCACUACAUCAAGCAUAGUCAAACUGACAUUUCCUAUAGAAAAUAAUCAAGGAGAAAAUACAUUUGUUGCCGUUGUUGUACAAUCUGAUUACAGCGGUCGAUUGGACAUUAAUCUAACUGGCCCAAAUGAUUUCUCUAGAACACUUAUUACUGCAGAGAAGACAGCGACUGUUCGGAUUCCAGAUAUAGCUCAGCCUGGUGAUUAUGAAGCAACGGUUACAAUGGACACGAGUGGAAUAUCACUUGAAUAUGUAGUAAAAUCAACACCAGUCAGUAGUGACAUAAUAAGAGUUGAGGCAUAUAUGUCAGCAUCGAAGAUCGACUUUAAAACAGGAGAGCUUCCUAUUAUCUACACAGAGGUUACUAAGGAAUACUCCCAAGUAAUAAAUGCAAACGUCACAGCUCGUGUAGAGUCAUACGACGGGGGCAAAGGUUGUGACGAAUCUUUGUAUGAUAAUGGAUUAGAUCCGGAUGAUAUUCGUGAUGACGGGAUUUAUUCAGCAUAUAUACUUCCACAAUGCCUUGGAGCUGGGCGCAUAAAUGUGAAGAUUUUUGCAAAAGGGCAGGGAGGAAAGGUGCGCAUUAAGAGCGUUACUGCUGGAGGUCAAGCACCUUAUCAAGAGGAACAGUUGAAGGAAUACAACGAACGUUUUCAGCGUGUUAGAGUGAUGGAAGACCUUUACAUUGAAAACUAUGAGGAUCCUGGACUAAAUGAUACGGUUCCACCAGGAAGAGUUAGCGAUGUUGAUAUCCAUAAUAUUGUCACAAAAGCAACAUUGUCAGGAGAAAGCAGAAAUUUUACAAUAUCUUGGACUGCACCUGGUGAUGACAAAAGCAUUGGUCGAGCUUCGGAGUACAUAUUCAGAAUCGCCGAUGAUUUUGAAACUCUCCAAGACAACUUUGAUAAUGCCGAGCUGUUAGAUAUAGGAACUUUGAGUUUCAAGCCUCUAAAUUCUGGUGAAAAGGAAGCAUUGAAAAUUGUUGUUGACGCAGAGAAAUCUUAUACCAGCACAGUGUUCUUCGCCUUAAAAGCAGUUGAUGAAGUGGGUAAUACAGGAAAAGUGUCAAACAUUUUGUCAAUAGUUGUCGCUAAAGGAUAUCGUGCAUAUGGAGAAGCAGGCAGUUUGGAGACGGAGGAUGUUGACGUUAAAACAGCAGAAGAACAAAAUGUCAUGAUAUAUAUUAUUCUAGGAUCUGCAGCAGGAGUUAUCGUGUUUUCUGACUACAGUCGUAACCAGGCCUUUUGGUGUAGAAACAGAAGAGUCCCUGGUUAUGUCAUUUACUUUAUAAUAAGUUUAAACUUAAACUAA